AAACGCUUUUUCACUGCUCUUUGCUCCCCGCAGUGCUCCCCGCCCUCUACUGCCAGAACUUUGGGGAUGUGCCUAGACCCGGCACAGCACAGGUCCCAACCAACCGAGAACAGAACAAACCCUUGGCAGGUGGCCAGGAGGCUUCCUCCCAGCCACCGCCCCACCCACUAGCUCCAUUUUCCCCCCAUACAAUACAAGUUCUUUCUUCCUCAAUUCCCUUAUAUCAGAGCCCAGGGAAGUCUCAGAGCCUUCAUCCAGCCAUCGGCCGGCAUGUCUGGGGGCAAAUACGUAGACUCCGAGGGACAUCUCUAUACUGUUCCCAUCCGGGAACAGGGCAAUAUCUACAAGCCCAACAACAAGGCCAUGGCAGACGAAAUGAACGAGAGGCAAGUGUAUGAUGCUCAUACCAAAGAGAUUGACCUGGUCAACCGUGACCCCAAGCACCUCAACGAUGACGUGGUCAAGAUUGACUUUGAAGAUGUGAUUGCAGAACCAGAAGGGAUACACAGUUUUGAUGGCAUCUGGAAAGCCAGCUUCACCACCUUCACUGUGACAAAAUACUGGUUUUACCGCUUGCUGUCUGCCCUCUUUGGCAUCCCAAUGGCGCUUAUCUGGGGCAUUUAUUUUGCCAUUGUUUCUUUUGUGCACAUCUGGGUAGUUGUACCGUACAUUAAGAGUUUCCUGAUUGAGAUUCAGUGCAUCAGUCGUAUCUAUUCCAUCUGCAUCCACACCCUCUGUGACCCACUAUUUGAGGCUUUUAGCAAAAUAUUCAGCAAUGUCCGCAUAAACGUACAGAAAGAGAUAUAAAUGACAUUUCAAGGAUAGAAGUAUACCUGAUUCAUUUUUUUCUUUUAAUUUUCUUGGUGCCAAUAUCAAGUGUUAAGUUGCUAGUACAGCAACAAUAUAUGAGUGAAUUUUCUUGGUUCAUAACAAAGAAAUCACUCUCUUAGUCUUAAUAACUAUUAUUUGUCUCUUCUGAGCUAUUUCAGCAAUAUUUUUUUUGGUUGUCUGAAUUUUUUAAACCCAUUUCAAAUGUUUUACUUGCAUUUUUAUUUACAUGUGGGUCAUUGUUUUAUUGGUUGAAAUAUGAAGCUAUUGUUGAAAGAUACUUUGAAAGAAAUAUGAAAAACCAGUGACCUCAACUGCCUAUUCUAAAAUGUCAAUGGUUUUAUGGUAAAGGAAGAAUUCCAGGUGCUGGCCAUUGAUUGUACAGGUAUGUGGCUGGUUUUAAACAAAUUCUUCCCUCACCAUUGAAGUGUUAAUGAUUGCUGCCAUUCAUUUUAAUGAUUCAAUGAAAUCUAGUGAUCUUUAUCAAAUUAGAAAACGUACUUGGCAUUCACAGUCUGACUAAUGUCUUACCCUUCUUGAAAUUUUAACCUGUGAUACUUUCUGUGCCUGAAUAUUUGUUACAUAGAUAUGAGAUUUAAGUGCCUUCUUGUUCAUCAUAUAUUCCUUCUCAAAUGGGGUCCAGCUGAUUAAUUUUCAUUAGGUCAACAACUUCCCUGGAGACCAAAAUUAGAAAAUCCAUUACCUAAUUCUCCACACUUGUUUCUCACUCUGAGAACAGAGUCAGAUGAAGUUCGUGUCUGUACUUGAUCACACACCAUCUUUAUUUAUAUCCAGCAUGGUCCACAUCAGCCCCCAAAAAUGAAUUAAGGUAGACAAAUGGGGCUGUGUCCUCUCUGGCUGGCAGGAGUUGAAACCAACUUCCCUGCCUCUCAUCAGCUGAAUGAGGUCAGCUAUCUAUUCAGCUUUGUUUUCAAGAAUAACCAGCUUUCCUGACUCCAAACUAAUCCAUCACCAGGGUGUUUUGGUGACUGAACAAUGUGUUCCCUUUUCAGCUGAUCAGUGGGCCUCUGAGGGAAAGGCUUGUAAAAUUGUGUGAGACUGUCAGAGUUGUUGCAAAUGUGACCCCUUCAAAGCAAAGCACUUGCAAACAUCUGUUGUGCUGUGAGAUAUAAUCCCUCUCCCUAUCAGGAUCUUUGAACCUAAUUCAGACAUCACUUUUCUCAGAGAGAAUAUGGGGGAAGAGAUUGAGGUAGCUUUGCUGGAAUAAAUUCAAAUUCUUCUAAACUCAAACUGAGGAAUGUUACCUAUAAACCUGAGUCAUACAGAAAGAUGCCUGGUACAUUGAAAAACUUUUUAUUUCUCCUGCUCAUGUUAAGAUUCUGCCCUUGGGAAAUUUAUUUUAACUUUCAGUUAUGCUUUUACUUUUUACACUUGUUGGAACUCUGCUUGAUGAGUUUUUUUGUUUUUGUUUUCGUUUCAUCUUGGGUUUUUUGCCUCUUCCAGUUUUCUUGACACUUUACUUACCAACUUGUUACCUACUUUGAACUUUAGCAUUUAAAAUAGACACUGGCAUAGACAUAGUUUUACUUUUAAUCUGUGUACAUAACUGAAUAUGUACUAUACUGCAUAGAUUUUAAGUGUAAAGAUAUUUUUAUCUUUAUAUGAGGAAGAUCACUUGGGAAAUUGCUUUGUGAUUCAAUCUGUAAACUGUGUAUCCCAAGACAUGUCUGUUCUACAUAUAUGCUUAGUUUCUUGUGCAAAUCAAGUGGUGGUUCAAAAGCUGAAAUUUAUAUGCUUACUGAUAUAUUUUACACUUUUUUAUCCUGCAUGUCCUGAAAGUUUAUAAGUCUACACAAUAAAAAUGU